AUGGCUACCCCGCCCGCCAGCCGUGAUGAAUUUGAAGUUGCGUUGAUUUGUUCGUUGCCGCUUGAGUACAAUGCCGUGUCUCUGCUCUUUGACCAGUUCUGGGAUGAGAAUGGUGAUCAAUAUGGUAGAGCCAUUGGAGACUUGAACACUUACACCACCGGACGCUUUGGAAACUUUGAUGCUGUUUUAGUCCUUCUGCAGAAUACGGGGCAAGUCAGUGCGGCUAGCGCUACAGCGAGUCUUCGAUCGAGCUAUCCAGGGUUAAGGCUGGUGAUCCUGACGGGAAUCUGUGGGGGUGUGCCAUUCCCAGAUACUGGCGACGAGAUUCUUCUUGGUGACGUGGUGAUCAGCAAGACGGUGGUGCAAUACGAUCACGGAGAGCAAUACCCCAACAACUUUGUAGCAAAGGACACCACGGAGGAUAUUCUGGGCAGGCCGAAUAAGGAUAUCCGCGGUCUAGUUACGAUUUUCGAGACAGACUUGGCACGAGAACGACUCCAGACACGAGCCGCCGUCUUACUCGAACAAAUUCAGGAUCUUCCUGCUAAAGGAGACCGGCGCAAAGCAGAUACUUACCAGUAUCCCGGAGCCGUCAAUGAUAGGUUGUUUGAAGCAAAUUGCCGUCAUGAGCAUCGCCUAAUACCGCAAUGGUCUUGUGAUGAAUACCGGAGUCCAGUUUGCGAUAUACCUGGAUGCAAUAAUACACAUGAUGUGAAGCGGCAGCGCCUUGAAGAAAAACGACAGCUGGAGCAACAGGGAUGCUCAAAUUCGUCCAUCUUCGUCGGUCGGUUUGGUUCAGGGGACAGAGUGCUCAAGUCGGGUGAGGACCGCGACUGGAACGCUAAGCGGUACGGCAUCCUGGCAUACGACAUGGAGGGCGCUGGUGUCUGGGAUGAGCUUCCAUGCAUUAUCGUCAAAGGUGUCUGCGACUACGCGGAUGGCCACUUGGGCAAGCUCUGGCAGAACUUUGCGGCUGCUACGGCCGCGUGUGUCGCAAAAGGUUUGGUGGAGCGUUAUACAAGAACGGAC